AUGUGGACAGAAGACAGGAUUCUGCUUGAGGUUCGUCUCAAACGUUUUUUUGAUGAACAAACUCAGAUCCUCCAGAACCUGGAGCUGCGACUGAGCUCCUGCCUCCACCAGAGCUCCUCCCUCCACAGUCAGGUGGGGCGGCUGUUGGCGCUGAAGCUCCAGCUCCUCCAGGGGGCGCUGCACAGGCUGUUUGUGGUCAGACACGUCAGUCUGACUCUGUUGAAGGAGAUGAAACUGAGCACGCUCAGUACAGAUGACCUCACCACAACGAGAACAACGCCUGUGACCCCUGUGACCCCUGUGACCCCUGUGACCUCUGUGCAGGAGGGGGCAGAGUGGGAGUCUGGAGUGGAGCUGCUGCAGCGCCUCCUUCAGACGAUCGUGGGAAACGCAGUGAACCUCAGCCUCCAGCAGGAGCGCCCCCUGGAGGAGGAGAACCACACUGAUGACGUGAAGGAGCGCCUGGCGGAGGCGGCGGCGGAGAGCGUGUAUCUGACCAAACUCUCUCUCACGGCUUUGGUGCACAAGUACUACUCACAGCUAGGGGGCGCUCUGCAGAGAUUUCAGCAGGAGGCUGCCACAAGCCGCCAUCACGACCAGCAGGGGGCGCAGCAGAGCGGCGCUGUCCUGCACACUGUCCUCAGAGAGUUAGAAAAGUGGAGCAGGAAGACGACGUCUGCGGAGUGUCACCCCAGAGUGAAACGGGCCAAACUGAAGCUGCUGUUUCAGAUUCGAACAGAAACUCAGAGUCGGUUUGAAAACCUCAGACUCCAGAAAGUCAACUCUGAAAUAAACCUAGACCAGACAAAAGACCGGAUCAUGGGGGCGGAGGAGAGUUUCUUUCAGGAGUUGGCAGCUUCAGCUCGAGUUUCACUGAAGAAAAGACCAGAGGAAGAAGAAGAAGAGUGUGAGCCUGUGACCUUUGACCUGCGUGACCUGUUGACCUUAAACCCGGCUUUGGACCCGGCUCUGAACCCGUCCCUCACUCCUCUGGCUCCACUGAAGAAGAACUAAACCAGGACUGGACCAGGACUGAACCAGGACUAAACCAGGACUGGACCAGGACUGAACCAGGACUGGACCAGGUCUGGACCAGGACUAAACCAGGUCUCAGACUCGGCCGUUCUCUGU